AUGGCUCGUCUUAACCUAGAAGAUUCGGCUAAUGCGGUUAACGAGGCAAUUCCUGAGGCACCUCAAAACUCGGCUGAUGGGGUUGAAGAGGCAUUGCCUGCAGUAUCUCCCGCGUCGCCUGGCGUCGAACCGUUGGAACAACUGGGACACGGUAACGUCCCAUUUGAUUUGGCGAGAAUUUCCCCUUGCUUUUCAGGUUCGUCCCUUCCCAUCGGCGGUAGUUCCCCGGGAAGCGGGGGAAGCGCGCCUGUUUUCAGCAGCGGCAUGCUUCCUUGGCUUCGGAAUCCCAGCGAAUUGGACCUGAACCUUCCUGCGUCACCGGCGGCCGACUCUGCAGCUACUCCGGCUCUUGCGCCGUCUUCUGCAGCCUUCCCUUCGUCGUUUCAAGUGCUCAAUUCCAGCUUCUGGGAUUCCAGCGCGAAUUUCGGUUUUAAUGGGGGCGCCGCGUCACCCCCUAUUUCCGAGAAUUCGUCGGAGUCGUCGCUGGUGGCGUGUGGCACUGAGAGCAGCAGUACGGACAUGGAUGACGAGGAGGAUAAUAACGAGGACGAGGAUGAGGAGGGUGAUGGAGAGGCAGACUCGGGAUUUAAGUCGCUGAGCCUGAAGAAGAAAGUGUCGGCCAUGGCCUCCCUUCCCUCACAGCGAAGCCUUUCGUCCCACUUUGGAGGCAAAUCUCGCACCUUCUCGUCGCUCGCUGACGUGUCAGCCAUCCAGACCAUUCACGGCCUCGCGAAACCGCCACCAGGCCUCUGCCUCCGCCGAAUGCGCCGUCGUUCGCGCCUCUCCCGUGCCUUUGCUCUCCGCCACAGCCCCUGCGCCAUCCCCAUCGCUGCGGCGCACCGCAGCAUAGGCAAGCACCGCCCAGGUGCUGGCGCUGGCGCUGGCAUUCGUGGAAGCAGUUUUGGACGGCUGGCGGCUCAGCAGGUUCAGUUCUCGCUGGCGCUGGCUGUGUCCAUGGGAAGCGUGGGUUGA